ACAAACAAACUGAAAAACAAUUGCCGUGGUUUGAAUCAGCAAACCUCUCUCCUCAAUUCGCUCCCAAUUUCAUCACUAGGGUUAGGGUUUCCAGCAACCCCCAGAAAUUCUGAGAUGGAUGAUUAUCAGGAGAUGGAGAAGUUCGGAAUGGAGAACGAUUACGAAGGCGGCGAGUGGCACGGCGGCGAGUUCUAUUACCGCAACCGCAAGACCAAGCGCGUGCAGACCAAAGACGACGCUCUGUACGGCUCCUUCGCCGACUCCGACUACUCCGACGAAGACGACGGCUCCAGGAAACGCCGCAAAGACCGAAAGUCCGCUGCCGACUUCACCAAGCCCGUCAGCUUCGUCUCCACCGGCGUCGUUAUGCCCAACCAGGAAGCCGAGGACGAUCUGAAGCAGCAAUCCGGUGAUACCGACCGCGCUGCCACUCCAGGUUUGGGUUCAGCUUUUAAUACUCAUUAUAAUUCCGGUGGUCUAGGUCUCGGUAGUACUGGUGGUUUAGGGUUGAAUAGUUCAGUAGGUAAUGAUGAGGAAGACGAUAGCAAUUUUCUGCCGUCGGCGUUUGGGAAGAAGAUUAAGGAGGCGGCUGAGAGGAGGCACAAGGAGAAGGAGAGGAUGAAGUUACAGCAGCAGCAGAGUAGUCAGUCUCGGCGAGGUUCGGAAACGAAAGGACCAAUCGGCGGUGGGAAUGGGGGUUUGGGGGCCUUUGAGAAGCAUACAAAGGGGAUUGGGAGGUUAUUACUUGAGAAAAUGGGGUACAAGGACGGAGCUGGUCUUGGGAAGAACAAGCAAGGAAUUACUGCUCCGAUUGAAGUUAGUUUGAGGCCGAAAAAUAUGGGUAUGGGGUUUAAUGACUACAAGGAAACCAAGCAGUCUGUUGUGAAGGAAUUGGUUGAGGACAAGCCGAAGAAGCAGCUGCCGGCGGCUACUGUGAGUAGCAAUAACAGGAAUUCCUGGAAGAAGGGGGCUGCCGGUACGAGUAAGAAGGAUAGAUAUGUUUCUGCCAAGGAGUUGUUGGCCAAGAAAGAAGAAGAAGGUGCCGAGGUCUUUGUGCAGAAGGUGGUUGAUAUGCGGGGACCUCAGGUACGGGUUUUGACCAAUUUGGAGAAUUUGAACGCGGAGGAGAAGGCUAGGGAAGAGGAUGUUCCUAUGCCGGAGCUACAGCACAACUUGAGAUUGAUUCUAGAUAUGGCUGAGCUCGAUAUUCAAAAGAUUGAUAGGGAUUUGAGGGUUGAAAGAGACACUGCUAUAAGCUUGAACCAGGAGAAGGAGAAAUUGCAAGCUGAGGUGGCUAUGCAGAAGCAGCACUUGGAUAGCUUGGAUGAUAUCACAACUGUGUUGGACCGACUGGGGGAAGAGAAAGCCAUGGGAAUAUUGACGCUGGAUUCUCUGGCCAAGGGUUUCAGUGACCUGCAGAGGAGGUAUGCUGAUGACUAUAAGGUAUGUAACUUGGCUUGCAUUGCCUGUUCCUUUGCACUCCCUUUGUUUAUCAGGAUGUUUCAGGGUUGGGAUCCUCUUCGAAACCCCUCCCAUGGUAUGGACGUGGUAUCCACCUGGAAGGCUUUGCUUCAUGGAGAGGGGGAGUACGAGCGCUGCCUUGAUAUAUGGGAUUCUUCAGUGUCUCCUUAUACCCAAUUGGUUUCCGAGGUUGUGGUACCAGCUGUGCGGAUUGCUGGAGUGAAUACUUGGCAGCCUAAGGACCCUGAACCCAUGCUUCGUUUUUUGGAGUCUUGGGAAAAAUUGCUGCCUGCUCCUGUUCUUAAUAGCAUAUUGGAAAUGGUAGUCUUUCCCAAACUGAAGGAGGCCGUCGACUUUUGGGAACCUCACCGGGAUACCGUCCCCAUCCAUGUCUGGGUGCAUCCAUGGCUGCCUCUAUUGGGACACAAGUUGGAGGAGGUAUACCACACAAUACGCUACAAGUUGAGUAAUGUUCUGGGUGCAUGGCACCCCAGUGAUGGAUCUGCUUAUACGAUCCUCUCACCUUGGAAAAAGGUUUUCGAUUCUGCAAGUUGGGAACAGCUCAUGCAUCGAUUUAUAGUACCCAAAUUGCAGCUUGUUUUGCAAGACUUCCAAGUAAACCCUGCAGAUCAGAGACUUGAUCAGUUUAAUUGGGUCAUGAGUUGGGCUUCUGCUAUUCCAAUUCAUCUAAUGGUAGAUAUGUUGGAGAAGUUUUUCUUCCCCAAGUGGCUACAUGUUUUAUAUCACUGGUUAAUAUCAAACCCAAACUUUGAAGAGGUUCUGAAUUGGUAUAAAGGUUGGAAGGAACUUAUAUCUGACGAGCUUCACGCUAAUGAAAGUAUCCGCUAUCAGCUUAAUUGUGGCCUUGACAUGAUGAAUCGUGCAGUUGAGGGUAUGGAGGUGGUUCAACCUGGUUUGAAAGAGAAUAUUAGCUACCUCAGAGUGCUUGAGCAAAGGCAAUUUGAAGCACAGCAAAAAGCUGCAGCAGCCCAUGCGAAUUUGGGUGGCACAGGCCAUAUGGAUGGCACUGGUCAUGAGAUGACCCUGAAAGAUGUUAUUGAAGCCCAUGCACAGCAGAAUGGGUUGCUUUUCAAGCCUAAGGAGAAAAGGACGCAUAAUGGCCAGCAGAUAUAUGGGUUUGGUAAUGUAAGCAUAAUAGUUGACUCUCUAAAUCAAAAGGUGUAUGCGCAAACAAAGGACACAUGGUCUCUUGUAUCCCUUGAAAAGUUGCUUGACCUGCACAAUACUUCUCUUACAAGAAGACGUUGAUGCUGAAUCUUUGAGAAGUUGAGAUGGAGUUGGUGUAAGGCGUGCGGCAUGUAUCCUCAGAGUUCAAAAAAUUAAAAGUUAGGUUGUUCAUAGAUUUUCAGCUUAUCUUUGGCUUACUGAAACGAUGCUGCAUGCUGUAACUUUUUAAAUCAUCAGCUUGGUUUUGCAUAUGUAUGUACUCCAGAAUCUGGUUGGGUAUAAUACAUCAUUUUGAUAAUUUCCAUAUUCUCAUCAGACAAUGCUCUGCUUUUAUUUUGAUUCCUGCUGACAUUCAUACGUGAUGAGUUCAAGCUCCCGCUAUAUACACUAUUAUUUAUUGGAUCUCUUGUUCGAAAUUCCUGCUGUGCAUCCUUUUGAUGCUUCAUUACUAGAAGUACUGAUCCAAAUUUGGAAUCGCAUUCUAUUGGACUGCUACGAUACCAUUAUAGAGUAUAUAGAUGUCAAAGUUGUAUUUACACACUAAAUGUAUAAGUGGGUGCAAAAUUUGUGGCCAGAAAGUUAAAUGAGAGGAUGCUAUCAGUUAGGUUGGAGGUGGUGUUUCUUGUAAGGGUUUUACAGGUAUGCCUAUUAUUAUAUAUGCCACCGCUACACUACAUGUUUUUAGAAUAAAUUCAGUGUGAAAGGUUAG